AUGAAUUACUCUCAAUUUAUCGGACUAUAUGAGACGUUCGAAAGACAUGAGCGAUUCCUCGUUCUUCAGCGAGCUACAAUGCUGGUCUAUGGCAUAACCACGACUAUCGUAGUGUCAUUCACUUUGUUUGUAAUGAAUAAGAGUGCUGCCAAUUUAUUACAACUUGUUCGAGUACUUAUGUACUGCAAUGUGCUGUUUCCUGCUUUGCUAACCAGUGUCAUCUGUUUUCUAUUUGUACCGUAUUUUCUGCUACCGUAUCCAGUAGCUCUAAAUCUUGGACCAAUUCGAUUUGGUCCUGUAUCCACUUUACUUCAUUGCCUUUUCAUGUUAGGUUUUGGAAGUUCUGCCUGUCUCAGUAUUGCAUAUUCAAUAGUCCUUAACUAUAUAACUGUAUGUCAUGAUUCAUUCCUGAAAACUACAGCAUUCACUGUUACCAAAUGGCUGUCACUUAUUCUCCCAACAGUUUUCCUUAUCGCUCUUGGAAUUCUCCUGUCAUAUUCAAUGUUGAAUGAUACAACUUCAACACUCUCUAUGGUGGCAGCUGACUCAAGAAAUUACUUUUUUGUGGAGAAAUUCGCUGCACUGGUGCUUCACCUGGACAUAUUCGGUCUUGACACCCUUCUCUACGGAUCGGUCGUUCUGUACAUUGGAGUGGUAGCAGCUGCUUUUACAAUGCUGUACAGGCCUUAUAUGGAAACUUUGUUAUUCUUGCCUAUUUCUUUAUUCAGUAUAUCUACAUGCAUUAUGUAUAUAACAGUAAUUCGACCCUUCCGUAUGACUGCCUUACGACUGAUAAACCGUAUCUAUGAAACGAUUCCACCUCUGAAGUGA